UUUCCUUCCAAUAGUCCUGUAUUAUCGGGCAGUCCCACCAUAGGUGUCCCAUUGUUCCCUUCCAAUAGUCCUGUAUAUUCGGGCAGUCCCACCAUAGGUGUCCCAUUGUUCCCUUCCAAUAGUCCUGUAUAUUCGGGCAGUCCCACCAUAGGUGUCCUAUAGUUCCCUUCCAAUAGUCCUGUAUUAUCGGGCAGUCCCACCAUAGGUGUCCCAUUGUUCCCUUCCAAUAGUCCUGUAUAUUCGGGCAGUCCCACCAUAGGUGACCCAUAGUUCCCUUCCAAUAGUCCUGUAUUAUCGGGCAGUCCCACCAU